CCCCCACAAACUUUCCCCGUUUCUCUUUCACAUCUGCAACGCUCUUCCUUCUCCCUUCCACGUAUACGUUAUCCGUAUAGCUCAAAAACCUCCGUUACAGAUGCUUUAAUAAUCAUAAAAAAACGGGACGGUGAUGAUAUUUUUUAACAAUUAAAUAGCUUGUUUCUUUUCUUUUCUUUAAAAAAUAUUAAUUACAACGGGAUUCUUUCGACUGUCAUAAAUGAUAAAGAGAGGCAGAGAUCUGUAACAAUUAAAACAAUCAGAGGUGUAACCGCAGGUCGGUCAUCACAUACACACACACACACUCUCUCUCUCACACACACCUUUUUCCUCCAUUGAUGACGUCACAAUCAAGCACAUGAUCCGAAACAGUUAAACAUAAAUAGAAGCAAGUCAACUUCACUUCAGUUCAACUCCACGAAACGUAUUCCAUUCAUAUCUUCAACCGUCAGAAAUUGCUCAGAUUCCACUGACAGACUGUUUGUGUUUAUUCAUUCAAUAACAAUUGAUUCAUUACUACAAGCAACGUACACAAUUAGACGUACGAUUAGGUUUAUUCUCGCUUUUCUUCAUGAUCAACCCUAAUUUCAACCGUAUUCCUUCUGUUCUUCAAGUAAUUUGAGGUAUAUACUGUUGGAUUCAUGAAGAUCACAGAAAUGUAGGGUUUAAGUGCUCAAACCCUAGGAUCGCAAAUUCAGAUAAACUGGUUUGUGAUUUUAAUGGAAAACAAUCGAUUGAACAUUAACCGACCACUUCUGUCUGUGAGGCGAAGAGCUGUGAAUGAUGAUCGAAAAAAGGAAAGUUGCAUUCCGGUUAGACAUUCGGUAGACUCGUGUACAACCGAAUCGACAGCAGACCUGUUGAUGAACACAGGAAGUGUUCCUUUUGGGUGGGAACAGAGUCCAGGAAGACCGAAGAAUAAACAGGUUCAAACCAUUGAAAGCGCUCCGAGUCUUCCAAAACUUCCUCCAGGUCGGUUUUUAAAUCCUAUGAAGAACGAUCCGGUGAACAAUGGUUUGAAGAUAACCAAAUCUGAAAGCAUAGAGUCAACAAAGAAAGAAAGUUUUGAUUCCCGCGAUCAUGAUCUUCAUGCUGUUGAUGGUGAUGAUGAUGAUGAUGAUGAAGAUAAUGAUGAAGCAUAUGUGGAUGCACUUGAUACACUUUCACGUGGUGAAACAUCCUUCUAUAAUUGUAGUGCAAGUGGUGUAAGUGGAGUUGGGUCAGAUGUCAAACCAUUUGGGGUUACUGAUCCAAAAGUGAGGGAUUUCAUGAUGGGUCGUUUUCUUCCUGCUGCAAAAGCUAUGGCUUCAGAAUUACCUCAACACACUUUCAAGAAAAAUAUUAUCAAAGAGAAGCCACAAGAAAUCAAGAAAUUCGUUAAUAUCGAUGAUAAUAAUAAGAUGAAGCUUAGAUACGGACCAAACUUUUUGCAAGAUGUUGUUCAUGAUAAGGAAGAAGAAGCACACACUGAUGAUGAUGAUGAUAGUGAUUAUGAUUAUAGCGAACAUGGAAAUAAAGCGUCUAAACUUUGUGGAUUGAUUCCACGUUUUUGCUCGGUGAAUCCGGUUCAUGGAAUGUGUGUACGCGCCAGAUUACCGGUUUCUCCUGCUAAAAAAACUCAAACAAGCUCGUCUUCUAGUAAUUCUUUCAGAGAUACGGAGAGUGAGCCUGCCAGGAAUGCUAUAUACAAGCAUAGAUCACUUGACAAUAUUAUGAGGAACGAAUCGAGUGAAACCUCGAGUUUAGAAGGGUUAAAACUGUAUAAUCGUCUGCAGGGAAAUGGGAAUUCAGUUGAUGUCAGUGGCUCGUUUCAAUCUACGGUUUCUGAACAAAGCGAUUCAAGUUCAAAGAAAAAAGGCGUAAGCUUUAAGGAACUACUAGCUGAUAAGAACACAAAUGAAACCGAAACAGACAGUCAAGAGUCCAUAAUCGAGAAGACACUGUAUGUGGAUACUGUUCAUAUAAUCAAAUCUCCACAAGAAAAUACAUCUCUUUCAUGCAUAAAACCACAAUUUAUUUACAAUGAAUCGUUGAAGUCGGAUAUGUUUGUUGAUGAAUCAAAGCAUGAUCUGGAAACAAAAAAGUUUGAAGAUCCUGAAGUUGGAUUAGAAGUGAUUGAUGAUAUUAAUGGUGAUAAACAAUUGAAAGCUUAUGAAGGUAAACUUUUUGAGCUCCCUGUUCCCCCGCCAUUGCCGAAAUCACCAUCAGACUCGUGGCUAGGUCGUACGUUGCCUUCUGUGUCUUCGAAAAACGCGCAUAUGCGGUGGAACAACAGAUACCCGCCUUCCAGUAUGAUGGCAAAUGACCCAAAAACUGAUGAGAAAGUCCGGUUACGAAAUCCGCAGGGACAAUUGAAUUCUAUACCAGAAAGUUAGAUGGGUGGCUCUGCUGUUUAAAGUCCUUUCUUCUGUGCAUAUGUUUUGGCUGGGAAGUUUCAUCAAAUCGAAUAGUUUGGUGAUCAUACAAAUAUAGAAUUGUUUUUUUUAUGGGCAUGGUUUUCUUUUUGGUGACGUACCAUUUUUUAAUUAAAAGGUGAAGAAUAAAGAAAUGUACAAGAAGCUAUAAUUAAAUUAAAAGUGAAGAAUAAAGAAAUGUACAAGUAGCUAGCUAUAUUAUUCUCAUAGAAACUCUUCUAAAUAGUUAGAUUAUUAUUGUAAUAAUAAAGUUUUUUUAUAAUCAGAUAAGUUAUGUACAAAAAUGUGUCUGGUUUAUGAUUAACUUGUGUGCCAUAUAUCCCUGGAUGCCCAUGUACACAAGGUACACAUGUUUGCCCCUUCUCUGAAACGACAUGACUCAUGUUGUUCGUUCUCUAAUGAAAAUCUCCUUUCAGUUGCCAGGUCGGUGCCAAGGUGAUGCAAUUAACAAACGUAUCAAGUAAAAUCCCACUCAUAGCAAUAACGCAUUAGUAAAUAGUAAUUAUAGUCUUCCGAUUAAUUUUUUCAUUCACCCUUGUUAAUCCUAUACAUUGCAUACUUUCAAGAUGUUUUUGAAGACCAUCCACAUGUGAGCGGGUCAUGUUUUUUCAUUAGGGUGAACGGGAUGCCUUCGGUGAUUGAGUUUACCUAAGGGGAACACCGCCGCCAUCAACAUUAGGUGAGUGUUUGAUUAGGAUUUCGGUGAGUAGUCAACGAGGAAGGAUGAGGACAGAGAGGGAGUUUGCAUGUGGGGCCCAUUCAUUCCCAUCAAUCACACAUUUCUUUUUUUUU